AUGACUCGACACGUCUUUACCGAACAAGAGGUGCGGCUCGCAGCAGAACGAAGAAUGAAAUACAUUGGUGCAGCUAAAGUCAGCAUCUGCCAGAUUCAAUUCGAACCUCCCUUGCCACGGGACCUGGACCCUAAAAAUUUGGACCGGCUACGAAACAUCUUCCGGAAGAAUCGUUGUCGCCGCCUAGAUGUCCAAAACCAUGUUCCAGCGACCGUGUCUCGACAUAAUCUCGCAGACGCAUUGCAAAAGGCGAAUGUUCCCCAGGAAGCCUUGCUGACAACCGAAGGCCGGCAAAUUCCUCGACUGGAAUUUAUGGCGGGGCAACUUCGGGGUCUCCAUGGCCGUCAUCGUGUACAAGCGGGUGUUGAGGUACUUCCUCCGGCGGAUCGCUGGUGGACGGUUGAUCUCUACACAGACGACAUGGACCGAGAAUUGAGAGCGGCGUUGGUGGAUGAAUAUUCCAAUCAGAAGAAGCCGGCCGAUGGGGAAGUCUAUCGCAAGAUCAGACAGUAUGAGGGCGAGGGCAAUGAAGCUUUUCGAGAGCGAUGGUUCGUGAGACUAUCGCCCAGCAAUCAAGAGCGUUUAGAUCAACUCGACAAUAAGAAGAACCGUCGUCUCCGACAUGCAUUUGACCGAUUGUUGGCGAUUCCCGGGCUUUGGUCGGGCGGGAUGAGAAUCAGCAUACUUCAUCGAUUGAUCGCUUCGGGCUGCGUUGAGGAGAUAGGAACCUAUUUCGAUCACAUCUUGGAGUUCUGGUCUUCUCUGGUGGGAUCGGAUCAGCGUCUGAUGAAGAAAAUCGAUCAGGAUACGGUUCACACGCUGCAGGUACUGGCACCAGGUAAAUCAUUCGCUGAUGAAAGGAAGGCAUGCGGGCUGGUUCUCAGUGGACUUGUGUUUGCCGAAUUCAGUGCUGAUGAGCGAAAUGCUAUAUGGGCCAAAAUGAAAGCCUUUGAUGGUCUCAUCCCGUCCUUAUACACUUUCUAUGAGGAUUUCAAGUAUCUAGAGAGUUGCUCUCACUGUCUGAAGCGGCUCUUGGGUCCAUCACCCCGAUCUGUGAGGGAAGCCAUGAGCUCGAUCUUUGAUCCAGACUCGGAGUCUGGGGAAGAUCACCGAGAGAAAGGGAAGGGUAUCAUUCAGACUUCGGAGUCUACCUUCCGACGCCUUCAUGCAUCCGAGACAGAAUGCCUCGAGACAGGAUACCAGCAAUUAUGGCUGUAUGCUAUGCGACAUUAUCCACUGAUGCCCCCGGACCCCAGGAACUGUGAUGAUCUGUUGGCCAACCCCACUCGCGCUAAGCCGGACCCGCGCGCGAUCUACGACAUGGCCCAUCUAGCUCACCGGCUCGGCUUUAGGUCCCCAGAAAUUGAUGGGCUGCUGAACAGUUCUCCGAAUCACCAAUUUGCACAAUCGGCCCUCCGCCAGGCCCGGAAGCCAUGCCGGUAUAGAUACGAUGACCAGCACUUUGAGAUUCUGGUGCGCCAGAUUGUAGAUUGCUUUACUAAUGCUGUGCCCGAUCAGUCCGGUCCCCCGCGAGAUAUUUUGGCAGACAGCACCGUCAAGGCGCACGCUCGCUCUGGGGUUCCGCAGACCCGCACCCAUGUUCAAGAUGCUCCUUUAUUAUUCUUAGAUCGAUUGCAUGCUGAUGUUGAUGCCGCCGAUACAAUCACUAGCUUUUUUGUCCGGCGUUGUGUCUUUUUCGCCUUUUGGGGGAAGUCGCCAACGGUUGAUCCCAUCAAUAACAGAAGAUGCGGCAAUUUGAAUACAGACCAAGGGGUUGAAGAGGGGAUGGGAUCGCCGUUGUUUGUUGAAAAGGAACAUGCGCCGGGCUUUGAUCCGUCUGCACGGCACAAGGGCGCAUCAGGCAGGUCAUCUCUUAUUGGAAGAAGCAACGCUUCAACACGUCUGGUACUCUCCUGUGAGAUCGACCAUUCAGAAAAUAGACCCGAGCCUAUGGACUUAGAUCCUCUCGAGCCAGCUCAAGAUGAGGAAAUCUUUGAUCAGAGAAGUCCAUCGGAUGGAGACCACUCUACUCCCGGGGGAUCCCCGAGCCAAUCAGUGCUAGAAAUAGUCCCUUCUGGUUACUCGCCCAGGGCUAAUCCAGAGUUUGGAGAUUCUAGGAGUGAAUGCACUCAGAUCUCGCUGGAAACAGUCUCACUCGAGUGGGAUCAGGGCGAGCGAGCAACAGGAGAGGAACCCAGUCCAGACACUGGAUCUGCCCUCGGGAUUGAUUGA